AGGGCGUUGAAAAACAUAAACAUCACUCUGUCAAAUCGGCAUUUGCAAACUUAUCAUGAUCAAAGUUUAAUCAAAAUUCUCUCAUCGGUGUAAGAAAAGUGCAGGUUAUGGGCAGGAGGUGCUGAAUGAAGGGCGAUGGGAUUUUUGAUACCAACGCUACUAGCGUUUAUCCUUAGCUCCUGCGGAGUCUGCAUUUUCCACGAUGCAGGUAAGGCGGGUUGUGAGCCGCUCGUCUCGUCCCUCAUAUUUCUCUUCGGCGUCUUUCUGCUGUUAUGGGACCUCCGCCUGUUUCCAUCCAGUUUGCGCACCCUCGUGCAAAUGGCCGCCCUCAUCAUGCACUUUCUCCUGGCCACAUUCUGCAUGGAGCAUAUAAUGAACGACUUCUGGUUUCCUCUGGAAGCCAGCAUGAUCGCAUUCCUUCCAAAGGUGGCCGAUUACGAAGCGUGUGUCUUGAAACAGUUUGGCUGGAAAUCACCCGGAAUGCUUCGCUUCCUAAAGUCUGACAUCUCGCACGUGAUGGCUAGCUACGCAAUGUCUUUGUUUUUCCUGGUCACGAUGCUCCAUGCGACUCGUCUAAUUGAUUUGCGACUGCUCAGGUGUGGAAGAGAUGUAUUCAUCGAGGAUAUUAUGAGAAAGAUGCGGAGAUCUUGGCGCAAAUUUGUUAAGAAAUGGACUAAACGAGCGAUGAAGUUCCAGAACAGCGAAUGCAACAUCUGCGACGAAGCCGGGCCAUCCAGGAGCCGCAAAGGUUACCGUUAAUGUCACCAAUUCGGAGGUGCUUCCCAGGGGAACAACUUUUGAAUUUUUCGUUAAAUUUCUGUGAGAAAUUUUACUUCUAGUGUAUUACUGCUCCAAGGAAGAUGCUAAUAAACUUACGCUGCUAUAAAAUGA